AUGGGCAUGGCUGUGAACAAUAUUGAGAGAAAGGAAUCUGAAAAACGAAGGACGCACAUAUUUUUUGACAUAAUCAGCAUUGUUGAGGAUUAUUUUAAGAGAUUUUGUUUAAAGCUCAUAACUCUGCAGCUACUUACGAACGGAAUAUGUAUGCAAAAAAAUCCAACGGUAGAAAUGAUAUCAGUGGCAGCAACAUUGAGUGGUUUAUUUAUAACCAUAAAGUAA